GACCGUGCGGGAAAGUCAGGGGACCACGUGCGUGCCAGCUGCUGCGGGUGGCCGGCUGGGAGCUGGUGCCACCCCGCGGUGGGGCUGAGCACCGCCCCCCGGAGGGAUCGCGUGGGGUCCCAGCUCCUGUCCUGCUGCAGGGGGUUGCUUCUAUGCCAGCCCCACAGGAGGGGAGCCAGGACCCUGCCCUGUAAGGGGACCAGGGGCUGACCCCAGCCCAGGGGCAGGGCUGACUUGUGGAGGCACAGGAGGGAUUGGGGUCCCCUCAUUGCCCUGGUGCUGCAGGCUUCCUGGGAGCUCUGGCCCCACAGCUGCGACAGGCCUGGGGCUGGGGGGCAGCCCCUCUGCCUUCAGGGUGAUGGAGCUCAGCAGCCUGCUGGCAUCCCUGAAGCUGGAGAGCCAGCAAGAGCCGGGAGAUCCCGGGCAGCCCGGUUCCUCCGUCCCGCCAGCACCACAAGUUUUGUCCCAACUCCUGCUGCUGCUCUCAGGCGGGGGAGCCCGCAGCAGCACCAAGGCUGGGAUGCUCAGGGACUUGAGCGCGCUCUUCCAGGCUGCAGACUGCCACUGGCUUUUUGGAGGCGCCCUCCCACCCCCCAGCCUCAAAGUGCUGGGGGAUGUGGUGAGGGCGCUGAGCUGCUAUGCAGCACUGCCGAAGCUGGAGCGGGAUGCCGGGGACCUCCCUGGCCACGAUGCCUGUUAUGCCGCGGUGGCUGAGCGAGUGGCUGAUGUUGGCUUGGUGUUGCUCAGCCUCCUUGCAAAAGUGGAAGUUGCCAAGGGCUUGGCAUCACUGGGUCCCACAGUGGUGGAUCCAGUCCUGUGCGACGUGGCAGGGCCCAUCUACGUCUUUGCUGCAACACAUUGUAUGAAGAGGCCAUGGACCAGCCCAAGGUCUCAGUCAGUGGCACAGGAGCUGCUGGCCUCUUUGGUUCGGGCUGCAGGUUGCGGGUCAGUGGCUGAGUUCCUCCAGGGAACGAAUGAAGAUGAGGCGGGGAGGUUUGCUGCGGUGAUGGGGCUCCUGAAACCAGAGCUGACCAAAGAGACAUGGAGAUGCAACCCCGCCACAAAGCAUGUAUUCUCCCAGACGCUGCGUCAGGUCACCCGGCCGUGGCUGAGCCGUUACCUGGAAAGCGUUCUCCCCGCAUCAUUGCUGAUCUCUGAUGAUUACCAGGAGGAGAAUAAAAUCCUAGGUGUGCUCUGCCUGCAGCACAUCAUCCUCAAUGUGCCAGCUGCUGAAUUGUGCCAGUUUAACAGAGCUCAGGUUGUGUACCAUGCUCUGUACAACCACCUCUACUCCCGGGAAGCCCAGCUCAUCCAGGCGGUGCUGCUGUGCUUGCUGGACUUGCUGCCUGUACUAGAGAAAUCUCCGCAGCAGCUGUCCAAGGAGACUAGGCCAGCUACACCUUCCGACGAGGUGCUGCAGCUGGUUCUGACCCAUAUGGAGGCGGAGCACCGGCUUGCGCUGCGGAGAGCGUAUGCCCACACCUUGCCUGCCUUUGUGGAGAGACAUGGCAUCCUGAUAGCACGUCAUCUGAAGAGGCUGGAGCGGGGGAUUGGGGCAUGCCUGGAGAUCUGUGAUGGGCCAGAGGAGGAAGUGAUUGUGGCAUACCUGGAGAUCUGUGAUGGGCCAGAGGAGGAAGCCAGACUGGGGAUAUUGGAGACACUGAAAUGCACCAUACAGCAUGCCUGGCCAAGGAUGCUGUGCAGGCUCAGCGUGCUCCUCAAAGCCCUGCUCAGAAUGAUGUGGGAUGUACAGACUGACACAAGCCUGACACCUGAGACAGUGAAAACAGCCCUGCUCCAGGGUGCCACUGACUGCCUCAUCCUGCUGGAUCGUUGCUCAGAGGGGCAAGUCAAGAUCCUGCUGGAUGGCAUCUACCACAGCUGUGAGGACAACACCAUGCGAGAGUGCAUCAGGAGGGUGCAGGAAGACACCUGAAACAGCAGCUGCUCACCAGAGCCUGAUAUUUAUACAGUA